AUGACAACAAAGGAAUCAGAUUGCAAGCUCUUGUUCAGAAUCAAUGGCAAAGAAGAUGGUUAUUUGAGACGUUCCGAUCAAGUGGCUCGUUCACCGUAUCAUGAUGACAUGGUUGCACGAGUGGCGAAAUGUGAAGAGGUGUACUCAAGGCAAGGAUGUGUGGCAGGACAAUGGGUAGGUGGGAUCGCUCCUCAGAGUCUUGCGCAAGGCUCAGAGUUACAGGUUCGAUGCUGCUGGUACGCCCCAUUAGUUGAAUCUGAAGAUCGAGGAGUGGCGAUGGUCACAAAUGGUCAACUAGUUGUCGGUGGCGAAGUGAUGGAUGGUGAUGUGCUCGAGGGUUUCGACUACAUUGCGGAUAUAAAGACUGAAGGAAUCAAGAAUGGCAGGACAGUUUACGCAGUAGCGAUACGACGAAUGACAUGCACUGACGGCAGCAGUGUAUCUGAAAGUGCAGUACUUCAAAAACUCGACGGUGACGCUCGACCAAAAAACAAGAAACGAAUUGCGACAAAGUCACAGCUUGAACUUCCCCGUCGUAUUAUAAAUACUGCCCAUGUUUCAUCAACACCACCGGCAGAUUACGUGACAGCUGCUUCCACGUACACUCAGCAAUUACAAAACGGUUAUGGUGUAGCAGCCGCUCCUCCAGCUCCUCAGUACAGCGCACCACAAGGAUCCACUAAUGACCUUGGAGGUCAAGCUAGAUAUCAACAACAACAACUACAACAACCUGCGCCAUCUCAACCCAUGAACCAACCGCAGCCACAAUACACCGCUGCGCAAAUGAACAACAUGGUUCAGACUCCUGGCGUUCAGACAGUUCUCCCAGCUCAACAAUUCAGUCCAUACUAUCAAGUGCCCAUGCAGCAGUUCCCACAGCCCCUUGGAAGUGUGUACGGUCAGCAGCCCAUUCCUUUCACGUCACUUCAACAACUUCCUGCAGCCACGCAGCAACAGCCUCAACUUCAACCUCAGCUCCAAAUGCAA